AUGUCUGACGUGAAACCGCAACAACAACAAGCCAAGAAGCCGCAACCAUCAAUUUUGAAUACUUUGAAAAAACUUGGAGGAUUUAGUUGGAGAGCCAUUGUGGAACCAGCAAUCAGCGGAAUGUGUAUGGCUUUUGGACAAUUCUUUGUACGCAAAGUCGUCUAUUACAUGCACUAUGAAAAUUUAUCGUUUACUGAAACCAUUCUGAAAGGAUGGCAUAGAUUUUUGGCUGAUUACCUUCCUACCAAUACCUCUUCACAACCUACCACAGCUUCCCAGUAA